AUGUGGGGAAUGGAGGGGACGCGGAAAGCUGCAGGAAUUUUCCCGUUUCAGUUGAGGUCAAAAAGAACAUUGCGGAGGCGGGUGCUAAUGAAGAACUUUAAAAUGUCUCGCCUGCUGUCUGUUGUGGGAACGUGGAGUAGGUCUGCUGCUGAUGAUCUUGAGUGCUUGGGCUGCGUGGCGUUUCUGAUUGGCGACGUCGCCGAAGCGGUUGCUCGCCAGAUGAAGCACCUUUCCCGCAGCGAGGGAGUAACGCGGGCCAGCGUGUUGGCGGACGGGCAUGCGGUGGGCCUCUUUCCAAGGCCCCCCUGCGUGGUCGGAUGCAUGGCAGGUGGAGAUAAUAGAAGAGUAAUAAUCCAGACUGAACUUCAAGCUGGCGUUCUGUAUAUGCCCAACAAGUGUUUUGUCACCGUGCUGGACGCGUUCUACGUGGCCGAGGUGCAACGAGCGCAAACUGCCAAGAAAAAAAUAAAUAAAUUUGGGCAGUCCCGAAAUGCUGGCACCGAUGGGCACAGCGGUGCGGAGAGUGAAGUGACGUUCAUCGGGCUGCAGGUGGCAAAACACAACACCCACCGCACCACUGCCGGUAAGGUGGCUGCGUUUCUGAAGUACAUGACGUGCAACUUCAAGGGCUGGGAGGCGCUGAGGGAAAAGAUGAGGUGGGAGAUCAUUUACAUUCAGCACGCUGAGAGCAUGCCAAUGACGGGAAGGCGGGAUUGCCAUAUCACGAAGGGAGAAAAGGAGGUGCCGAGACUUCAGGUUGCCAGAGACUUUUGGGAGAGAAGGGUGGAACAGUGCCAGGUGCAGCUUGACACGGAGAUGGCUGUCCAGCUGGUUGUUGCUGCCAGCAAAGACCACUCAGGAUAA